AUGCCUUCCUUGCUCGGGGCACUAAUUCGGGCGUUCGGCGCUCCGUUGUACAUAGCCCUAGUGUGGUCUGCUAUCCUACCUGUUAACAGUUACAAUGAGCUGUGUCAGUGUGAAGAGAAGCUGAGAGCAUGCAAGUGCACCAACGUGAACGUGACAAGUAUCGAACAGUUGCUGCUGCAACAGCCCACGCUUUGCGCGCCUUUCGAGCCAUCGGCAACCGCUCCGCAGCCCGUUAACGCUACUGAUUUAAACAGGUUGGUUGAAGCUCAAAGCUGCAAUCGGAGUGCUUUGUCUGUUUUAGUGAUACAACAUUCAGCAAUCGAACGCUUAAAUCCCACCGAUUUCUCACAAUUCCCUAACCUGUCCGAAAUCAGAUUAUCCAACAACCCUGCUCUAAGCACAUAUGGUGAAGGGGCCUUUGAGACACCCGGGACUCGCCUAACUACACUUGUUCUCGGGUCCAAUCCCGUUCGAUCGCUAACUCGGGAGGUGUUCAGAGGACUGCACAGUCUUACUCGGCUUGUGUUAUCUGAUAACAAGAUUGGUUACAUCGAAUCGGGCGUUUUUUCCCGGAAUUGUUGUGCCAGUUUGCGUGAACUUCGCCUGGAUCGGAAUAUUUUAACCGUUUUGGAUGCUGAUACUUUUCUUGGACUAUCUAGUCUUGUCAUCCUCGAUCUACGUCACAACCCGUUACAAAUGGUUGAUGUGAAGGCCUUUUCACCGUUUUCUUCCUGCUUGACCGAGUUAUACAUGAGUCAUGAAGAUCGAGCUCCAUAUGGUGGGUUUGACAGUCCCGUGCCUGGUCUAUUUACCAACUUUUCUCAACUGAUGAUUUUACAUAUGGAUGAGUUGAAAUUGAGAAACUUAACGGCUCAAUCCUUUUACGGACUAAAGAAUUUGCGUGAGUUAUCACUACGUGGGAAUCGCUUAGUUCAGUUACCAUCUGAUGUGUUUGGAACACUUGAACGAUUGGAACGAUUGGAUUUAUCUGGCAACCGUCUCGUCUGUAUCUCUUCCGCUCUAAACCCUGAUGAGCAAAAGGAUUUUAUAUCGGGUCUUGAACUACGUUGGGUUGAUCUGUCUUGGAAUCACCUGACGCAUAUGAAUCACCUAACUGCUCGUAGUCUGGGCUUGUUCGAUUCUCAACCACGUCAUGAGCGAUCACGUCUAGUUCUCAAUCUGACUGGAAAUCCGUGGCAGCAUUUUGAUGUGGAUACGUUUUGCAACCCACAAAGACCUAACCCAAUAAGACCCACAGACCUAGUUGUUGGUCCUGCCCCCAACACUAUGUUUGAGAUGUGGCAUACGUCUUUGGGACUGUGGUACGCGAGAGCUGCAUGGCCAAACGGACCAUUUGCUCUUAUUGGUCCAAAAAGCCGUGUGUUUGGACUCAUGUUAGAUGAAGAGAAUGCAGAACGUAGUAUGCAGCAUACCACCCAAGAUACAUAUUCGUUUGAUUAUCGGUCAUUCCUGGUAGGUGCAACGGAUAGUAAACAACGCUGCCAAGCAAUCAAAUUGGCUGAAUUAAGUGGCACGAUACAAAAUUAUUCGUCCCCGUUUCCGAAUGAGUUGCGUGCGAUCAAACGUCCAACACCCACUGCAGUGGCUUACUCAAUUUCCUCCUAUUGUCCCAGACUGGCAAUCCGUAAAAUCGAGAGUUGGGAGCUAUCCACCUUGAAGAUAACCGACCAGUUGAUGUCAACCUAUGACCCUGUUACGGAUUCUAGCUUGCGUGGUGGGUUUGAAAAGGGCUCGCGGCUCUAUUUGUUAGUAAUUGUAGGCAUUUGUGUGACAUUUCUCCUGAUUGCACUGACUGUAAUUAUGUGUUAUCGUGCAUGGUCUCGAAGAACCUCACUGAAAUGCAUUGACGAAAUUAACCGUCAUGAGCUCUGUUCACCUUGUCUGGAACCUUCGGCAGAGAAACAUCUUCUUCUUAAGAGCCAUAGCGACCAGGCACAAAUCCCAUUGAUUACUGACGAGGCACUCGGUAAACAACCACAUGAAAAAGAAAAGAGUUUGGCUGUCAACGGCCUUGCCGGAUCGAAGGACAAACCGCAACCUCUUCCUGAGUUGGAAGACCACAUCGAUCAAACAGCAAGGAUGUCCAGAACUGGACCGUAUCGAGUGGGACGACCGAAAAGCGAUUCCGAUGCAAAUGAGUUAGACGAAACACAUAAGUUGACGGCAUUUGGGGUUGUUUGA